AUGAAUAAAGAGGAAAACGGAAACGACUCUGCGGGAAAUCGCACGAUGAUGGAAGACAAGAUGAACGACUUGGAUAGAACGAUUAUCGCCGCUGAGGAGAGAAAGAAAACGAAACCACCAAAGAUGGAAGAAAUACCGAAAAUGAAGAUACAGGAACAGCGUACGAAACUAGAGGAGCUCAAUUUAAGUAAAACGGGAAAGAAAGCAGAACUAAGAGAAAGACUAAUUGAUUACGUGAAACAGAACGAAAAUCCCGAUCAAGAUGAAACGGAAGACGAGACAGAAGACGAAACGGAAGACGAAGAGGAGGAGACUCGAGGUUCUAUAUCGAGCGAGACAGAAGACGAAGAAGACGAACGAGAGACAAAGAAGAAAGCGAAAAAGAACGGUCGAAAAAGAAGAACGUCCAUCGAACGUUCCAGUUUAUUCACAAUCAAAGAUGUCGAAGACUCGAUACCUCAUUUCUCAGGUGACGUUAAAAUAUCGAUAAAAAAAUGGAUUACAGAUUUUGAAGAUUUGAGCAUAUUGUUGCAGUGGAACGACCUGCAAAAAUUAAUUUACGCGAAGCGCAUGUUACGGGGAUCCGCGAAUCAAUUCAUAGCAACGGAAAAAAGUGUGACGUCAUGGAAAGAACUGCGAAAAACGUUAAAACGUGAAUUUAGCGUCGAAGUGAACAGCGCCCUGGUACACUCUCGUUUGUUCCGACGCUGA